AUGCGUCGUAUAUCACCCAACAACCCAGUCCGAAGACGGCUGAUAUUCGGAGAUGAUAUUGAAGAUGAGACUAGAGUAGACAACUUUGAAAACAAACUCCGAGAAUCAAUAGAAAUAGAAAAAAAGGAGAAAUCCAAAAAGUGGGGUUUUGAUUUUAGUAACGAAGUAGCUUUGAAUGGACCCUACGUAUGGCAUGAAACGAGUGAUGGUAUUUGGAUAGGGAGUCGGAAGAGUGAAAGUGUAAAAAGUUUAGAUGGUACAAAAGAUGAUGAUAUUACUGGUAUGCAAUACAAUAAUGAGAACACGCCACUCCAUGUGCGCAACAACACAGUACCAGUCAUGAGAUCGAGGAACAACAACAUAGAACAGCGAGUUAUUCGUCAGUCAGUUAAAAGGAAGAUGGAUUUCGACGAUUCUGACUUCGUUAUCCGCCGCUGCUGUUCAAAUUCUUAG